GAUGAACAGGAAACUCUUCCUUUACAACUUCAAGAACCUGCGCUGGGCUAAGGGCCGGCGUGAAACCUACCUCUGCUAUGUCGUGAAGCGCCGUGACAGUGCCACAUCAUGCUCCCUGGACUUCGGGUACCUGCGCAAUAAGAUGGGCUGUCACGUGGAGGUGCUCUUUCUGCGCUACAUCUCAGCCUGGGACCUGGACCCAGGCCGCUGCUACCGUAUCACCUGGUUCACCUCCUGGAGCCCCUGCUAUGACUGCGCCCGUCACGUGGCUGACUUCCUGCGUGCCUAUCCCAACCUGACCCUCCGCAUCUUCACGGCACGCCUCUACUUCUGUGAGGACCGCAAGGCAGAGCCUGAGGGGCUGAGGCGCCUGCACAGAGCAGGGGCCCAGAUUGCCAUCAUGACCUUCAAAGAUUACUUCUACUGCUGGAACACAUUUGUGGAGAACAGAGAAAAGACAUUCAAAGCCUGGGAAGGGCUGCAUGAAAACUCUGUCCAUCUGUCCAGGAAACUUCGACGGAUCCUUCUGCCACUGUAUGAAGUAGAUGAUUUACGAGAUGCCUUUAAAACUCUGGGACUUUGAAGUGAAACUCAGCCACCAGAAGACUUCACAAACACUUGUUCUUUGAUUUCCAGCUCUC